UGGCUGGGCGCGCCUGGCCUGGGGUCAGAAAGUCCAGCCCCAGCCUCUGACUAGCUGUGUGACCCCGGGCCAGCCUCCGAACCGCGCUGUGCCUUGGUUUCCUCGUCUGUAAAAUGGGGGACACCCUAAUACUUGCCUCCCUAGCAGUGUGGCCCUGGGUAUUUUCCUUACUUGUGGAAGUAUUAUAACAUAGCAUUCCUUUGUUGUUCUUCCAGAUUCCAUUAAGAAUUACACCAAAUUGAAAAGAUAUGAAUGAACAUCCUAAAAAAAGAAAAAGGAAGACUCUACACCCUUCUCGUUAUUCAGAUUCUACUGGAAUAACCAAAAUUGCAGAUGGGUUCAAUGGAAUUUUCUCUGAUCAUUGUUACAGCGUCUGUUCUAUGAGACAGCCAGAUUUAAAAUAUUUUGAGAACAAAGAUGAAGAUUCUGACACAGAGCCGUCGAAUGACUUGCCUAAAUUCCCAGAAGGGAUUAAAGCAAGGAGCAGAACUCAGAACCACCUGGUUCCCAGUCCUGUGCUCAGGAUUCUCAAUCAUGCUGCCUUCUCCGCAGACAAAUCUGCAGAUAUUGAAAUCUGUGAGGAAUGUGACUCUCCGGAGUCGCUUCGCCAGCAGCCUCGUGAGGAGAGCCCUAUCGAAGUGCGCACAGCUGAAGACGUGCCCAUUGCUGCCGAGGUGCACGCCGUCUCCGAGGACUACGACGUCGAGACCGAAAACUUGUCCUCAGAGAGCCUUCAGGACCAAGUCGACGAGGAGCCCCCUGCUAAGCUGUGCAAAAUUCUGGACAAGAGCCAAGCUUUGAAUGUCACUGCUCAGCAGAAGUGGCCUUUACUGAGAGCGAACAGCAGCGGCCUCUACAAGUGUGAGCUGUGUGAAUUCAACAGCAAGUACUUCUCUGACUUAAAGCAGCAUGUGGUCCUCAAGCACAAGCGCACCGAGGCCAACGUCUGCAGAGUCUGCAAAGAGUCUUUCUCCACCAACAUGCUUCUGCUCGAGCACGCCAAGCUGCACGAGGAGGAUCCCUACCUGUGCAAAUACUGCGAUUACCGAACCGUGCUCCUGGAGAGCCUGAGCCAGCACAUCGCCGACACCCACUUCAGCGACCACCUGUACUGGUGCGAGCAGUGCGACCUGCAGUUCUCCUCCAGCAGCGAGCUCUACCUGCACUUCCAGGAGCACAGCUGCGAUGAGCAGUACCUGUGCCAGUUCUGUGAGCACGAGACCAACGACCCCGAGGACCUGCACAGCCACGUGGUCAACGAGCACGCCUGCAGGCUGAUGGAGCUGAGCGACAAGGAGAGCGGCGGUGGUGAGCACGGCCACUACAGCCUGCUGGGCAGGAUCACCUUUGACAAGUGCAAGAACUUCUUCGUCUGUCAGGUGUGUGGCUUUCGAAGUCGACUGCAUACAAAUGUCAACAGGCACGUGGCCAUCGAGCACACAAAAAUUUUCCCCCAUGUUUGUGAUGACUGUGGGAAGGGCUUCUCAAGCAUGUUAGAAUACUGCAAACAUUUAAAUUCCCAUUUGUCUGAGGGGAUUUAUUUAUGUCAAUACUGUGAAUAUUCAACAGGACAGAUUGAAGAUCUUAAAACUCAUCUAGAUUUCAGGCAUGCAGCUGACUUACCUCAUAAAUGUAAUGACUGCUUAAUGAGGUUUGGGAAUGAGAGGGAACUUUUAAGUCACCUUACAAUCCAUGAGACAGCUUGAUUGUUUUUUAUCUUAAUUUGCAGAGUCUUGGUGUAAAGUAAUAAAUUCAUCUUUUAUUAGAGAGUCUACAGUUGAUGGUUUUAAUAAUGAUACCGAUGAGGGUUAUAGGCAGCCUUAUUUAUUUAUUUAUUUAUGUUGGCAUUGAGGGUUUUUUCUGGCUUUAGAGUGUAGACUUUUCAGCCUGUGAGGGCAUCUUAAACGUGCUGCUGUCGGUUUUGUCCUCUGAGAUUCUGGGUUGCCGGCCAAUGCCCUGUGCUCUUAGGUAUCAAGGAGAGGCAGGAAAUGGGAAGCUUGGGGUAGAAAGAUAAAUAAGCUAUUAUUAUCCUUUAAUAACUUUAACUGCUCAGACUUUGUGAAAAUACAAAAGUAAACAUAGUUGUUCAGUUAUCAAGCAUUUCUAUUGUAAGAAGUCGUCCAAGUACCUAAGUACAAGAGGGAAAGGCAGGAUAGAGGUAUUCUGCAUGUGCACGCGUAUGUGCACAUGUGCUCACUUCUAUGUGUACUUGUGUGUGUAUAUGUAUGUAUGUACAUACCUGUGUAUAUAAUUAAGCUAUUUCUAGGAUGAGGACCCAGACCUUCUAUUUACUCUCCCCUUCAGCCAUCAUUCCCAAGUCAUUCAGGCAUCCCUUCUAUCUAAAUCUAAAAUUAUAGAAAUGCUCUUAGCUGUGGUGGUAAAAAAUUAUUCUCUUUACUUGGUAGUUUCUUUAAAAAAAAAAAAAAUCACAUCCUUCUGUCCCAUCCCCCAGACUAAAUUAGUUUUGAAAAGCUGGUAUAUGAUAAAGUUUUUUUGUUUUGUUUUUGUUUGGUUGGGGGGUUCAUUUGUUUUGGUCCUGACCUCUAAUUUUAACAGGGUAGAAGAGAGUGUGGAAAAUUUUAAGCAGUACCAAGACAUACGCUAAAACCCUCGAAUAGCGUAAGUGUGACACUACUUGAUGUGAAAUGAAAAAAGUUUCGAAAAAGAUUGCAAAUGUACUUAAUUGGAGCUCGUAAAUAUUUGGCUGAGUGAUGAGUAAACCAAACAAAUGUAUUUCAUGGUCUUCAAGUUCAACAUUGUUGCAUUUCAUACAGCCUAUAGUUUUUCCACACCAUGGUUGGCUCUUGGCUGUCAAAGUCUUUCACAAUCCAACUCCAUUUCUCAUUGGUUUCCACCUUUGUAAUGUGUCUUCUGGUUUCAUCAUAUUUGGUACGCCUAUUUUCCCACCUCCAGUUGCAAAAUCCCAAUAUCCCAGUGGCUUCUUAGGAUCAGGGACAUGGCAUUUCAGAACGUUAGAGUUAAAUCGCUACCUUGGAGAGCACUGAACCAAGCCCGUUCAUGCUGUAUUUCUUAGCCCAAGAAAAGUAAAGUGAUUGACUCAGUCACACAGCAACUAAAUGGCAAGAUCUGGCCCAGAAUCUGGGUUUCUUGCUGUGUUUUCUCAUGUUUUUUGCUCCUCCCACCUAACUUUUCAUUAGUUUUGGUACCUUGGCUUCAUCCAUCUACCAUGCAUGUCCAGCCCAAUGGAACUGAGCUGUAGGGAGCAGAGCUUUAAAAAUGGUCAUGAUAAUUAAUGCUUCAUAUUUUUGCAUAGUGCAUUUUGGUCACAGACUAUGACUGUUGGUUAUCAAGUACUUGACACUGAAUAAGUGAAGAUUAGGUAGGUGAACCCAAUGGAAAAGUCCUAAGAAGUAUGAGUAAAUCUGUAUUACACACUUUCUGAUGAGCCUAGAAUUGAGGUCGACGGUAAACUGCUGACAUAGUCUAAGACGCAUUAGUUGCUUUCAGGUCUAUAGUUUUCAGUUAGUGAAAUUAUUUGGAAAACCAUGCUUCUCUUCAUUUCCCCCCUAAAUGCAGACCUAAUUUUUACUGUGUCACUUAUUCCUUGGCCACGUUUAUAUUCCAGGGGCACGUGGCUGAUCAUGCUUUAUUGAAGUCAAUACAAAAGAAUUCUAACAGGAUUCUUGGCAGCAGAGGAGAGCAAUGUGAUGCCUGCCUAAAGAGAACUUGGCGUAGCGUUCUCACUCUCUCUUUUCCACAGUGAAAUAGUUGGGUUUUUUUGAAGAGACAUUAUUUUUUAAAUUACAAGGGACUUCUCCUCUGCUCUGUGAGUGGAGGAAAAGCCCUUCAUAGGUCAGUUUUUAAGUUAGCCAGGUAGGUUGUCAGGUCUCAGUUCUGACUAUUGUUGAUGACUGAAUCACCAAAUCCUGGUGAGUUUCUUCAUUCUCUGGCUUUUUUCAGAAGAUGCUUUAAUAAUGUAGGUAGUAGAUGACAGGCAUAUCAACAUACUAUUUUUUUAAGCAUCACACAAAAAUAUAAUAGAAAAAAUAGUCUUAUUAAACCACACAUUUCUUCAUUUUAGCAUUCUAUCUUCAGUCAUGUGAUAAAAUAUGAUAAGGGGCUUGAUGUGUCUAUUUUAUAUCAGCCUUCCAUGAGAUUCUCUCUUGGUUACUGAAGAGUUUGCAAAGUAUGUUUCACAUUUGGCUACAACAGUAGCUUCUGGCUACUAUGCAUGCUGAACUGCUACUAUUAAUGAAAAAAGUUUGAUUCACAUACCUCCAAGACUUUGGUGAUAUGUAAAUUAUAUAUCCUUUUUUUUUAAGUAAUAGAAAUAAAAGAUCUUUAGAAAUCAAAAUUAGAUUCUAGACAAAGAAAAGACUGAUCAUGGUCGUAUUUUCUGGUUGUUGCCAAGUUUAACAAUCUAAGAGUAUUUGCUGUGUCAGUAUUUACCUCCAGUUACAUUCCCGCACCCUCUAUGCCCCCUCCCCUGCACUAAAUGUCCAUGUGCAUCCCCAAUAAUUGUCACAUAUGUAGAAAUGAAACUAGACUUAACAGUUUUAAAUUUUCUCACUGUUAGCUCUUAAUUUCAGUUCCAGUGAGUGAAUCUCUUGAGAAUUAUAAGAGUGUGAAUUAUAGGGGUGAAAAUUAAAUACAUUUUCAUAACUUUUGUAUUUUAAAAUUCUGCCUCAUCUUUACUUACAUUUCAUGUAAAAUUUUUUAUAUUACCACAGUUUGCUGUUUGAAAAACUCUUAAUCCAAGAGUAAGAGAACUAAAGAAAGCGCAUCGUGGUAAUUACAGAGCAGAAAUGGCAGCCAAAAAGCUUGUAAAUUUUCUAUUGUGGUGAAUGUAUUUAUUAAACAGGAAAUUUUUAUAUAAAUCCAUAUUUAAAGUAUUUAUACUGUGAUAUUGUCUUGUUAAUAUAAAGUUACAAAAUGAACAUAUGCUCAUAAUACUUAAUGUUUAAAAAAAGUUGAUUUUAUUCUUUUAUUCAUUGAGUCUGGGGGUAUGAUUUUCUUUAUAUCAAUGAUCCUCCAUUGGGUAUAAAAGAAUUUUCUGAAUAGUGAAUUCCAACAUGGAAAUACCAUGAAGUAUUUUUGAUGAUGACAUCCUCUUCUGAAAAAUACUAUUAAUAUAAAAGUAUUGGAAGCCUGAAUAGAAGGAAACAACAAUACUUAUUUUUUUAUUUCCUCUGAAGUAUAAAAAUAGGAAUUAUGAAAAACGAAUAUUUAAAUGUUGUGAUUUUUAAAUUACAGCUUUAAUUGAUGAUUAGAAACUUUGUUAAGUUUGUCUCAGCAUACUAAGAUUGUAUAAUUUUAAAAUAAAAUAUCCUUAACCCCAAAUAAAUCACAGAACCCAAAGCAACCACUGUGAAUUAAAAAAAUAAAUCUUUUGAACAAUGAUUGUUAGCUAAGUGUAUCAGAAUAUAAUCAUCUCAUUUAUAAUUUGAAAAAUAAGCACCAAUGAUUUCUUAAGGGAAUUUUCAACAUAAUAAGCUGUUACAAAGUAAUAAAAAGAGGCAAAUGAUUUCAAGCUGUCAUGGUGUGGGUAGGGCAAUGAACCUGGAGCCAGAAGACUUGAGAGCCUGGCUGUUACUUGUCCCCCUAUGAUUCUGAGCAAUUCAACCUUUUUAAGCCUCAGGUAUCUUUGUAAGAUGAAAGAGAUUAGAUGAUCUGUAAGGCCCCCACCACUUGCCUCUUCCUAUGACCUGAUAAUCUUUGUAAGACUCAAAGAUUCAGAUGAAAAAGACUGUAACCUCAUAUCAUGUAUGAUAAGGUGUAGUAUAAAAGAGCUAGUUGUCUGUUUUCAUGAAUAUCAUUCAGAAUCCGUUGACUCCUAAUCUUCAUCUUACAAACCAGUUGGUAUCAACCAGUAAAAACAAUUUCUGUAAAAUAUUUUUUGCAUUUCUUCCUAUUCUUAGAUUUAGAAUGCUGAUGAGUAGAGUAGCUGGAAUCACCUUGAGCAAACCUGAUUUUGUGAUUGGUCAUUUUAACCAUGUGCUUCACAAAGCCCUUUCUCUAACAGGUGGCCUGGGCCUCCUUAGCCUACUUGUCCAGUCCUCUUUCCAAGGCUUUCCCAUGUACUUUGUUCAGUUUUAUUUAUUCACUACCCUGUUGUCCAUCCCACUCAUUUUACCAGACUAUAACCUACACCUUAAAAUCUUAUGACUUUCAACUCGAGCUCUCUCUCAACCAUCUUUUUAAGAAUUUCAGAAAUUUUCCAGAAAGCCAAAAGCAUUUCCUAAUGACUGGUUGUCAUUUUUGAAUUUGAAAUAUUUUAAAAGUUGAUUCCUCCCUCCAUUUUCUGAACCUCAUUCACUUUGUACCCUAUACCAUGCCAAAGACACUUGACUUGUAUAUUACGUAAAUGCAUACAGUAUUACACAUGUGUGUAUAUAAAUAUAUAUGAUGCCUGUACAGUUUUGCCCUGCCAUGUUUGGAUAUGUCAAAUGUGUUUAUUUUAGCUUGUGAGUAGUGGGCUAAUUUGUUAAGUAGACAAAAGAUUACCAUGCAAAUCUUAAUAAAUACUUUUAAAUGA